CUCUCCCUGCUGCUGCUCAUUCUCCCUUCACCGAACUACUUGUUGCAAUCAGAAGAAAGAUCAAAGAGUUGAAGAGACGGAUCGGAAGCUAGUCACCGUUGAUUGGUUCGUGAGUGAUGUUAUGAUCCGUCCCUCCAUCAUAACCGUUGGAACCCAGCUGAUGCAGAAGCUAAGUACCUGAAGCAAUUUGUAGAAACGAAUAGAACUGGUUAUUUCACUUAUUUCUUUGCUCAAACUUUGCUGUUUGGCAGGCUUGUUCUUGUGCUAAAAUGACUCCGGCUUCGGCUCAUUCAGUGUGCCUUAUCCGCUUCGGCCCUCCCCAACAUGCCUUUUUUUUUUCCCUAUUUCUUUUCUUGCCGAGCGUGCUUUAUCUCCUUCGUUGAAUUCACUGGCACCCGUUGCGUUCGAUGCUCGCGCAGCAGCCUGGGACCUCGAGCUCGCCCGCGGCCCGCCUAGGAGCUCCGGCAGCCGGUCCGCUCCGCCGCCGGUGCGGCAACCACGCCGCCGUCAGACCGCCUCACGCGGCCACCGGUCGUCCCCGCGAUACACCGCCGCCGGUGCGCCGUACGCGGCGGCGCUGUCCCGCCGCUCCUCCACCUACCGUCGGCCUGCGCCACCACCAGCGCACCGGCAGCACCGCGAGCUGCCGCGCCGCCCCAACGUUGGUCCUUCCCGAGCCCGGUGUCGUCACCAAGGUCGCGGAGAGAAGGUUGCAUUCAGGAGAUCGAGCUGCCGGAUCGGAGGAGGUCAUAUCAGCCGUGUUGGUUGUGCACUUGUGUUGCUGCCGGCGGAGAAGCAACCAUGGUGAUCGGGCCACUGAUCUCCAUGGUGAUGAAGAAGGCAUCCAGCUACCUGCUGGACCAAUACAAGGUGAUGGAAGGCAUGAAGGAGCAGCGCAAGACCCUGGAGCGCAAGCUCCCAGCAAUCCUGCACAUCAUCCAGGAUGCGGAGGAGAAAGGAGCCUCCCGACCUGAAGUAGCAGCUUGGCUCAAAGACCUCAAGACAGCAGCCUAUGAGGCCAACGACGUCUUUGAUGAGUUCAAGUACGAGGCGCUUCGGCGAGAAGCCAAGAAGAAGGGCCACCACAGCAAGCUUGGAGCGGAGGUAGCAAGACUCCUCGUCCCCGCUCGUAAUCCCAUUGUAUUCCGUUACAGGAUGGGCAAGAAGCUACGCAAGAUUGUGCAGACCAUCGAGGCCUUGGUCACCGAGAUGAAUACAUUUGGUUUCAGGCACUUGCAGCAAGCACAGCCAUCAAGGCAGUGGCGACAGACAGAUUCCAUAAUCAUUGACUCCGACAGAGAUAUUCUUAGCAGAUCUAGAGAUCGGGAGAAGAAGAAAAUCGUGGGGAUGCUCCUUGAUCAAGCUAGCAACAGGGAUCUCAUGGUUCUUCCAAUUGUUGGGAUGGGUGGGAUGGGCAAGACCACCUUUGUGCAACUCAUUUACAAUGACCCUGCAAUCGAGAAGCACUUUGAGCUUCGAAGGUGGUGCUGCGUGUCAGAUGAUUUCGAUGUCAGUACCAUUGCAAGCAACAUCUGCCAGACCAAUGAGAAAUGUCGUGAAAAAUCAUUGCAGGAGCUCCAGAGUACAAUAAGUGGAAAAAGGUACCUCAUUGUGUUAGAUGAUGUAUGGAAUCGGGAUGCUGAUAAGUGGGGAAAACUAAAGACCUGCCUUAAACAGGGUGGCAAGGGCAGUGCAGUACUAACAACAACUCGUGAUGCAGAAGUGGCUCGCAUUAUGACCAUGGGUGUAGCUGAAGCCCAUAAUAUCGAGAAUCUGAGUGACGAGCAUUUAAAGGAAAUUGUCCAGAGCAGAGCAUUCAGCUUGCAAAAUCCAAAUAUAGAAGAGCAAGAUGGCAUUCUCAGUGGAUUUGUUCGUCGAUGCGUUGGAUCUCCCUUGGCUGCCAAAGCCUUUGGCUCUAUGUUGAGUAACAGGACUAGUAUAAAUGAAUGGAAGGAUGUAUUAGCUAAAAGUGACAUUUGUAGUGAGAAAACCGGAAUUUUACCGAUCCUCAAGCUCAGUUUUGAUGACCUAUCCCCAGAUAUGAAGCAGUGCUUUGCAUUUUGUGCUUUAUUUCCUAAAGAUUAUGAGAUUGAUGUGGACCUCUUGAUUCGACUGUGGAUGGCACAUGACUUCGUACCUGUGCAAGAGGAUGACAAUCCAGAAACCGUAGGAAAAUAUAUUUUCGAGGAGCUAACUCGGAGGUCAUUCUUUCAAGAUGUUAGGCAAACACGUCCAAUUGGCAAUCUUCGUAGGUCAACCAUAUGCAGGAUACAUGAUCUCAUGCACGACAUUGCUCUAUCAGUUCUGCGGAAAGAAUGUGUCACUAUAGUUGAUAAGCCGAGCGUCAACAAGCUGUUGCUAAAUCCGACCCGCCACCUCUUCUUAUCAAUAUACGGUGUUAGUCCUGUUUUCGUGCAAGAACAGGUUACAAGUCUAUUGAAGAAACAAACUGCAAUGCUCCAUACGUUGUUUAUCAAAGGUUAUGGUCAACCCCUUGAUAUAUCAAAGUACACUUCACUGCGAGCAUUACACCUUCCAGCAGAUAGGUUAUCAUGUGUAGGACAGGAACAGCUUACAAGACACAUACAGCACCUAAGGUAUCUUAAUCUGUCGUCACAUGAGUUCGAGAAACUUCCUGAAGGUAUAAGCAUGAUGUAUAAUCUACAAACGUUGGACCUCUCUCAUUGCAGACACCUUCGUCAACUUCCAAAGGAUAUGAAGUAUAUGGCAAACCUCCGACACCUCUAUACCCAUGGAUGCAAAUCAUUGACGUGCAUGCCUCCAGGACUUGGACAGAUCACUUCUCUGCGGACUCUAACUUAUUUUGUUAUUGGUGAUGGCUUGGGAUGUAGUACUAUUGCGGAACUUCAAAACUUAAAUCUUGGUGGAGAGUUAGAGUUAAGUGGUCUGCAAAAUGUAACAGAAGUGCUUGCAAAAGCAGCCAAUCUUGAAAAAAAAGAGAAACUCACAUACUUAUCUCUCAAGUGGAAUGAUGAUGCCCGUGAGAAACCAGAUUCUCAUAAUGAGGUGUUAGAUGCCCUUAAACCUCAUCAUCAGCUGGAGAUGCUAAGAAUAAAGUCCUACAAAGGCACCAAUUUACCGUCAUGGAUAACAGAUCUUAGUAUGUUGCAGCACUUGACUGAGCUCCAUCUGCUUGGUUGUAUGCUGUGUGAGGAAUUUCCUCAAUUCUGCCAUUUCAAAGCCCUUGAAGUUCUGCAUUUGGAAAAGUUGGACAAAUUGCGAAGCCUAUGCAGCCAUAUGGUGUCUACGCCAUUUCCAGCACUGAAGCAACUCCGGUUACAUGAUUUGGAGAGCUUGGAGAGAUGGGUCGCAACAGAAGGAAAAGAAGAUGAUGAAUUAACCUUUCCUCUACUUGAGGAGGUCGAUAUAGACAACUGUCCAAAGUUGACUAGCCUACCUGAAGCACCAAAGCUCAGGGUUGUAAGUUUGGAUGAAGGCAAGCCGCUGCUCUCCUUAGGAAUAGUUAAAUCAAGGCACAUGUCUUCAAUUUCUAAGCUAAAGCUGCGUGUCCAUGACACAGAAGCACUGCCUGAGAUAGAUUAUAAUUGGGAUUCAUCACAGAAACAGAAACUAUCUUUGGGUGGCACAGAAGCCGCACCUCUGUCAGAACUGAACAUAUCUGGCUGCAACUUUUUCUUCGUAUCAAGCCAGUCACAGCUAACACCUGGGGUCUGGAAAUGGUUUGAACAUCUUGUAUAUUUCACAAUUGAAAACUGUGAUGUGCUCAUCUACUGGCCAGAAGAAGUGUUCCAAAGCUUGGUAUCUUUGAAGGAGUUGUGGAUUCAGUCCUGCAACAAGCUAAUAGGGCCCACACAAGCGAAAGGUGUCGAACCUACACAAACGACAGAUCAACUCCUACCACAUCUAAACAUGAUACGUAUAUACUGUUGUGAAAGCAUGGCACAGCUCUUCAUUCUUCCCCCAUCUAUCAGACUUAUUCAUAUUGAGGAAUGCCCUAAGCUUGAGUUCAUAUGGGGAAAGGAGGAGCAUAUUGACACAUAUACAUCGCUGGAACAUUGCCGCGACCCUGCAUCCACCACUGGUAACCUAGAGCAAUCGCCGUCUCCAAUUAUUCGCCGUCCAUGCCUUGUAGAUCUAUCUAUAAGCAGUUGUGAUAGCCUGUUAACACUUCCAAAUCUACCACCGUCCCUCAAAUAUUUACACAUCUGGAGCUGUGAGAAGCUCUGCUCUGUGUCAGGAGACCUGUGUGCACUCGAGGAGCUACAUAUUUUUGACUGCAAUAAGUUACAGUCAGUCAAUUCCUUGGGAGACCACCCAUCAUUAGAAACACUGUAUCUUAAUCGCUGCCGAUGCCUUGCAUCUUUAGGAUGUGAUGGUGGUCGUGGAAGUUACUCUGCUCUUCAGAGCCAUAAGAUCGAAGACUGCCCAGCCAUAGACAUGAAGCAGUUUUACUAACGCCAUCAAACAGCUGCUUGACAGCUUUGAAUAUGAAGACGUAUCACACGUUCAUUCAAGCAGCUCUGAUGAAGUUGAUGCGGAAUCACUGAAGUACUACUGAAACGAGAUCCUGAUCGGUCUCAGUUUUGGAGAGCAAUUUGUGGUGAACGGAGGCAGUCCAAGGCUUCAAGAACUCAUGGAGUCGUGCUGUACCAUUCUGCACUGCCAGGGCCAAAACAACACAAUUCCUUUAUAUAAGUUGGACAUGACCCAUUUGUCCUUAAAAAGCAUAAAGGAGGGCACUCACAUGUACACACGACUGCUAUCUGGAAGCUUCAUUGCAGAUCUAGAGAUCAGGAGAAGAAGGAAAUCGUGGGGAUGCAGAUUUGCUUUCAACGGUCAAAACAGAGCUACAAAUGAUUAGUUGUAGUCGUGUGUGGUCCUUCCAUCACGAGUCGGUUUUUUCUUUUGCGCUAUAGAGAAGCUUUUCAGUUGUUGUCUCUUUUACGGUUGAUUUGAUUCCUUUUUUCCUUUCUAUGGGCCUGUUUGGCUCCACCCUAUUAAAGUUUAACACCUGUCA